AUGCACUUGGUGCGGAAGCUUCCAGUGGAGAGCCAAUCGCUGAGGGGGAUGGGUGUUGGCAUGAGGUCCUCAUUACGGGGACAGAUGUCUGUGCAGGAUCCCCUCACCUCUUUGAGUCGUGUUCAGACUGUGUGCCUGGUGUAUGGACGGUCAGACAGCUACCGCGUGGCCACCACGCAGGACAACGACGAGAAGGAGUCGCCCAAGAAGAAGGGAGGCAAGGACAUGGACGACCUGAAGAAGGAGGUUCCCAUAACAGAACACAAAAUGUCUGUCGAGGAGGUUUGCAGGAAAUACAACACUGACAUCGUGCAGGGUUUGACCAACGCCAAGGCAGAAGAGUACCUGGCCAGGGACGGCCCCAACGCUCUGACCCCACCCCCCACCACCCCAGAGUGGGUCAAGUUCUGCCGUCAGCUGUUUGGGGGCUUCUCCAUUCUGCUGUGGAUCGGCGCCAUCCUCUGCUUCCUGGCCUACGCCAUCCAGGCUGCCACGGAGGACGAACCCGCCGGGGACAAUUUGUAUCUGGGCAUCGUGCUGUCAGCUGUCGUCAUCAUCACCGGCUGCUUCUCCUACUUCCAGGAAGCUAAGAGCUCCAAGAUCAUGGAAUCCUUCAAAAACAUGGUCCCCCAGCAAGCCUUGGUGAUCCGAGAGGGAGAGAAGAUGCAGAUCAACGCCGAGCAGGUUGUAGCCGGAGACCUGGUUGAGGUGAAGGGAGGAGACCGGAUCCCCGCCGACCUGCGCAUCAUCUCCUCCCACGGCUGCAAGGUGGACAACUCAUCCCUGACCGGGGAGUCCGAGCCUCAGACCAGGUCACCUGACUGUACCCACGAUAACCCCCUGGAGACCCGCAACAUCGCCUUCUUCUCCACCAACUGUGUUGAAGGCAAGUUCAUCACUGGCUCAGAUGGCUCUGCCUGUUUUGGGCUUUGGCACAGAGAGGCAGUAAAGCGAACUGCUCGUGGUAUCGUUGUGUGCACUGGUGACCGCACAGUGAUGGGCCGCAUUGCUACCCUCACCUCCGGUCUGGAAACCGGCAAGACACCCAUCGCCAAGGAGAUUGAGCACUUCAUCCAAAUCAUCACCGGGGUGGCGGUCUUCCUCGGGGUGUCCUUCUUCAUCCUCUCCAUCGUCCUGGGCUACUCCUGGCUGGAGGCCGUCAUCUUCCUCAUCGGUAUCAUUGUGGCUAAUGUGCCUGAAGGGCUACUGGCCACAGUCACUGUGUGCCUGACGCUGACAGCCAAGCGCAUGGCUCGCAAGAACUGCCUGGUGAAGAACCUGGAGGCUGUGGAGACCCUGGGCUCCACCUCCACCAUCUGCUCUGACAAGACUGGCACCCUGACCCAGAACCGGAUGACUGUGGCUCACAUGUGGUUCGACAAUCAGAUCCAUGAAGCUGACACCACAGAGGACCAGUCGGGCUCCUCCUUCGACAAGAGCUCAACAACAUGGGUGUCAUUGGCCCGCGUCGCUGCCCUCUGCAACCGCGCCGUGUUCAAAGCUGGGCAGGAUGCUUUGCCCAUCCUGAAGCGGGAUGUGGCCGGAGACGCCUCCGAGUCGGCCCUGCUGAAGUGCAUCGAGCUGUCCUGCGGCACAGUCAAAGCCAUGCGGGAGAAGAAUAAGAAGGUGGCAGAGAUCCCAUUCAACUCCACCAACAAGUACCAGCUCUCAAUCCAUGAAACGGAGGAGGAGAACGACAACCGCUACCUGCUGGUGAUGAAGGGCGCCCCAGAGAGGAUCCUGGACCGCUGCUCCACCAUCAUGGUGCAGGGCAAAGAGCAGCCCAUGGACGACGAGAUGAAGGAGGCUUUCCAGAACGCCUACCUGGAGCUGGGGGGACUGGGAGAGCGCGUUCUGGGGUUCUGCCAUGUGUUCAUGCCAGAGGACAAAUAUCCAAAAGGUUUCGCCUUCGACACGGACGACGUCAACUUCCAAACAGACAACCUUUGCUUUGUGGGCCUCAUGUCCAUGAUCGACCCCCCCCGGGCGGCCGUCCCCGACGCCGUGGGCAAGUGCCGCUCCGCCGGCAUCAAGGUCAUUAUGGUGACCGGCGACCACCCAAUCACAGCCAAGGCCAUUGCUAAAGGAGUGGGCAUCAUCUCUGAAGGCAACGAGACGGUGGAGGACAUCGCUGCACGCCUGAACAUUCCCGUCAGCCAAGUCAACCCCCGGGAUGCUAAAGCCUGCGUGAUCCACGGCACCGACCUGAAAGACCUGUCUCAGGACCAGAUGGACGAUAUUCUGAGGAACCACACAGAAAUCGUCUUUGCAAGAACCUCCCCGCAGCAGAAGCUCAUCAUUGUGGAGGGCUGCCAGAGACAGGCAGGUCUCACCGGCAGCUCCGGUGGGCCCGUUUUCCUGCUUCAUCAGGGUGCCAUCGUGGCCGUGACCGGGGAUGGGGUGAACGACUCCCCUGCCUUGAAGAAAGCUGACAUCGGCGUCGCCAUGGGGAUCUCUGGCUCGGAUGUGUCCAAACAAGCUGCCGACAUGAUCCUGCUGGAUGACAACUUUGCCUCCAUCGUCACUGGAGUCGAAGAAGGUCGUCUGAUCUUUGACAACCUGAAGAAGUCCAUCGCUUACACGCUGACCAGCAACAUCCCAGAGAUCACCCCCUUCCUGUUUUUCAUCCUGGUCAACAUCCCACUGCCUCUAGGCACCAUCACUAUUCUCUGCAUCGACCUGGGAACUGACAUGGUUCCAGCCAUCUCUCUGGCUUACGAAGCUGCAGAGAGCGACAUUAUGAAGCGCCAGCCCAGGAACCCGCUGAGGGACAAACUGGUCAACGAGAGGCUCAUCAGCAUCGCCUAUGGGCAGAUCGGGCCAACUCUGUUCCACUCCAACUCUGCAGGUAUGAUCCAAGCGCUGGGCGGCUUCUUUGCUUAUUUCGUCAUCAUGGCUGAAAACGGUUUCUUGCCGUCCGUGCUUACCUACGAGCAGCGCAAGAUUGUGGAGUUCACAUGCCACACGGCCUUCUUUGUGAGCAUCGUGGUGGUGCAGUGGGCAGACGUCAUCAUCUGCAAGACCAGACGCAACUCUGUGUUCCAGCAGGGCAUGAAGAAUAAGAUUUUAAUCUUUGGUCUGUUUGAGGAAACGGCCCUCGCUGCCUUCCUGUCCUACUGCCCUGGGAUGGACGUGGCUCUCAGGAUGUACCCACUCAAGCCCAGCUGGUGGUUCUGUGCGUUCCCCUACAGUUUCCUCAUCUUUGUCUACGAUGAGAUCCGAAAACUCAUCCUCCGUCGAAACCCUGGAGGCUGGGUGGAAAAAGAGACGUAUUAUUAA